CGCAUAACUGCAAAGGUAGUGUUGUAUUAUUUUUAACGGGACAGGGUGCAGUUAGUUAGGCACUGCUACGGACCAUUAGCGCUAGCGUUUUGUGUUACAGAUUGUAUUCUUCUUUAAAAAACAAACAAAAAAAAAAAAAAAAAAGUUUUACUUCACAAUACGAAACAUCUCUUUCUACAAGGCCAUCAUUUAAUAUUACGUUAUUCACGCAACGUUGCUGCAGUUGCCAGUUUCAAGGGUUCACCGCGUGGGAAAACAGAUCACAGCACCUACAGCGGAGUUUCAGUUUCUCUUUCUGAAACAAACAAAUAAAUAAAUAAAAGCUGUUCUGGUCGAAACGCAAGUUUGGCAGUUUCUUCCCUCAGAUGAAUUUGAAAUCUGGGUUUCCGGUUCUGCGAUCCUUUUUACAUUCUGUCUGAAACCAUGGACCAUCCCACCAGCUCUGAAAGAUGCCGAGGAGUGGUGUGCAAGAGGCGGCUAGUUAGAAGCGAGGUAGCAGACAGCUCCGAGUGCAACCCAGCCCAGAAACCUCCAGCGAGGAAAUCUAGAGCUAGUGCCCAGCAGGAAGUAAAAGCUCAGUUGUGUUGGCAAGGGCAUGUCCAUUUCCACACUUACCACAAGGACGGGGUUCUUAUCUGUGAUGACUUCCUCGCCGGGCACUGCCACCUCGGGCAGGAGUGCCAGCGACACCACACUCCCCGCCCCUAUCACUGGCAGCUCCGGCAGACACACACCAAGGACUGGGUCAACGUGUCCGAGUUCGGACAGAAACAUCUGGAGGCCCUCUUUUGCAACCCCGACAAAACAGAGGUCACCCUGAGCUUUGAGAACGCUGGGGGACAAGGGGACUUAGUCCAGAGACAGCAUAGAAAUGUGUACCACAAAUCACAGACGAAGGGAGAAAUGGUGUGUGAAGAUACUGGUAGUGUCAGCGGAUUCUCCAAGUUAGACCUCAACACCCUGAUACCUCAAAAUAACUGCAGUUACAACAAAGUGCGAAGGCUGGCCACCACCAGCAAUCCGGAUCUGAAUCCACACUUCCUGACCAAGUGGAACAUCUCCUGGCAAGAGCUGGGGAAGUGGGAACUGUACAAAGAGCCAGUAAUCAGCCAGCUAGAGGCAGCUUUUGAGAAGGGCAUGUGGAACCAAGCCUUCAUGCUCAAUGGAAACCUAUACAACGUCGACCUGAAAAAGUACACUCAGCGCAACCUCACAACAAACUUCAUCAGGGAGGUGCGGCGACGGCCACAGCUUAUCUCAGACACGGAGCUGUGGCCACUGAUUAAGACAUUACCGCUGGAGGAAAGCAAGGACCGACUUGUAGUGUCAGGGCCAGACCCUCUUAAGCCAUCCAAGAAGGGGUUACCACCCACCUGGGUGCCUCGCGUUCCCAGGAAAGAGGUUUUCGCCCAGAUUCCUGUGCUGAAAUCGGGGGUAGCCUAUGCAUGCAUUCACAAUCUUUUCCACCGCAGUUUGUCAAAGUCUGAGGCAAUCAUCCUUGACAUUUACCAGAUACAGAACAUGCACCUGUGGACCAAAUACACAAUCCAAAAGAAGUUCAUGUCUCGGGGCUUACCCAGCGCUGAACUGAGUCAGCUGGAGAUGCUACUCUUCCAUGGCACCACCAAGGAGGCCGUCCCGUCAAUCUGCAAGAACAACUUUGACCCCCGCGUCUCCGGACGGCAGCACGGCAGCACUUAUGGACAGGGCACCUACUUUGCAAAGAACGCCAGCUGCUCUGCCAGGUACGCCAUCGAGUCGAAGAGCGGGAGUCGCUACAUGUUCCUGGCGAUGGUUCUUGUGGGCAAGGCUGCAGUCGGGAAACAGUCCUUCCGUCGCCCACCACCCCUGGAGCCCGACUCUCCCACCAGCGACCUCUACAACUCCUGCGUGGACAAAGAGCAACAACCCCAAAUGUUUGUGAUCUUCGACAGCUGCCAGUGCUACCCCUACUUCCUCAUUCACUACAAAAAGCUUACAGACACUGUAGAUGUAUUUUAAAAGUAAUGCCUUCCUAUUGCAGACAACAUAUAUUUGCAAGAGUUCUUUGCUUCCAAUUUUAUUUUCGUAAUGCAAUGCAUAAGCCCUUUUUCAUAGUGUUAUUAACCCUUCACCAGUCUAGCUCAGUGCUAGUCAGAUACAGUUAUAGGUAAGACCAGUACACACUCAUAAUCGGAAAGGACUUGGCUGGAAAUCGGAUAAAAUGGUAGUUUGGAGGAAAUGUGUGAAAAUUCAAUGCAGUCGUCGUUUUUGCCAUGUAGAGUCUGACAGACUGACAUGUUCAGUGCCUGAGAGCUCAUAUUUUGAACAUGGACCCUAAAAAUGAAUCUCAGUAUUGGUCAGCAACUCCAGAGCACACAGAAGCACUGCACACAUGCUGAACAGUUCCUUGUGUCUGUUUUCUCAUGUCACUUUAGGUAACACGCACACUAAGCUGGGGGACUGGGAGAUACAAUAAAAAGAAACUGGCAUGCUGAUUAAAGUCAGUGUGUUCAGAAAA